UAGAUUCAAUGGUGGAUACUUUCUCCAUCCCUUUUUCUCUAAUUGGUUAUCCACCUUAGCUGCAGCAAGUGCCGGUUUACUGAAAACAGUCUCGGAGAUCAAUCUUCGUUUUUUGUUUGUAAACGAUGAGCAUGGAGAAGAGUGAAGACUCUGGAAGUCUUAGAUGGGGUGCUUCUUUUUUCCUCCAUACAACUGACGAAUUUGUGAAUCCUUUAACCUCUUCAGCUUCAGCUUCAAAUGUUCGAUCCCCACGUCCAUCUGUUAUAUAUUCUUCUAAAGAUGAGAAUAGCAACAGCCAACUUCAGAAACUACAACGUCAUGUUGCUAAAGUGCUGAAAGGCUUUUCACCUCCCCCUCAAGCGAAGAAGGGAGCAUAUAAUCCAGAAAUUCUUACCACCCAGAAGCGCCAAUGGGCGAGAUUUCAGUUGCAAACCUUGGAUCAAAAAUCUGUCAAAGAACCGACAAGGCUAUUUGAGAGCAUGGUUGUUGUAGGGCUACAUCCUAAUGCCGAUCUCAAGGCUCUUGAGAAGGUGGCAUUGGGAAGAAAGAUUAACGGGACAAAGAUAUCAAAAACUACGCUGAAAGGUGAAGAAAAAGUUGAAGCUGAUAUCAAUAUUGAGCCACAGGUUCUAUUUGUAUAUCCUCCGGACAAGCCUCUACCACUGAAGUACAAGGAUCUUCUUUCCUUUUGUUUUCCAGGAGGGCUAGAGGUUGGUGCUGUUGAAAGAUCACCAUCUUUAAGUGAGCUGAAUGAAAUUCUCCUUGGACAGGAACACAUAAAGCAAGGAGAUUUGUCUUUUGUAUUUCGUCUACAGGUGGCUGAUGACUCAAGUUUGUAUGGAUGUUGUGUUUUAGUUGAAGAGAUUGUGCAGAAACCUUCAGGAUUGAUUUCAAUUCUUUCAGAAGAAAAGCCCUCGUUUUCAUCUUUAAGCCGCCACAUCAUCACGACAGGCAGAUGCUAUUGCAUUUUGUCAAGACUUCCAUUUUUUGAUCUACACUUUGGCAUAUUGAGGAGCAUAUUCGCUGAAGAAAGGUUACAACAGCUGAAGAAAGGAAUUCACAUGCUGUGUCUGGAAUCUCCUGAAUGCUAUGAUGACAAAGAAAACCAUGGCCAUUCUAAUGGUAGGGAGGCAGUAAUUUUGUCUGAUAGUGAUGAGGAUGGUAACAUUGAAUGUUCUACACCGACUUCUGAAAUUGCAUCCCCUCAGAAGACAGCAGAUGAAGUGAAUUCUAUUGAUAAUAUGAUGCCUGAAGUGCGCCAAGAGACUAAUGGAGCCUUAAUCAUCAAUGAAACAACUCAAGUGGUUGUAGAACCUGAAAGUCAUACAGCUGAAGAUGCGCAGGAUUAUGCUGUCCAAAAUGGGCAUGAUUGUUCAGUUGACUAUGAAGUACAGAAAAAACAGUCAGAGAAGCAUCUUCCUGAGGCAGUUCUACCCCUUUUACGGUACAACCAUUAUGAAAGUUCAGAAUCCUCUUCAAGUUUACAAGGUUCUCCUAGUGAAGGGAGAAGCUUUAGGACGGGGAUGUCCGAAGUGGAACUAGAAGAGCCUUCUUCCUCUGGCCAUGGAGACUCAAAUGAUCAUGAGGACAUACUUGAGUGGGCCAAGGCAAAUGGACAUGGAUCUUUACAGAUAAUUUGUGAAUAUUAUCGGCUAAGAUCCCCUGAUAGAGGUUCUAGUCUCACUUUCCAGCCUCUAGAGCACUUGCAUCCAUUAAAGUUUCACAGGCCUGGAGAAACUCUCCUUCAUAUUGCUGGAUCUAGCAUAGAUCUCAGAUCUUUCAGCACUAGUUUGGAAGUGUCAGAGGCACACAGUGCACUUUUGGCGGAGGAGGAAGCUACUGCUUUGUCUGUGUGGACUGUUGCAUGCAUAUGUGGUAGCUUGAGGCUUGAACAUGUGCUAGCCUUAUUUGCUGGGGCUCUUUUGGAGAAACAAAUUGUGGUUGUAUGCUCUACUCUGGGAAUAUUAUCUGCCUCAGUUUUAUCCAUAAUCCCAUUAAUUCGUCCUUACCAGUGGCAGAGUCUGCUAAUGCCAGUUUUACCCAAUGAUAUGGUCGAUUUUUUAGAUGCGCCUGUUCCAUACAUAGUUGGCGUGAAGGACAAGACUGCUGAGGUUCAAUCAAAAUUAUAUAAUGCAAUUUUAGUUGAUGUAAACAAAAAUCAGGUGAAGUCCCCUUUAAUGCCCCAUCUACCACAACACAAAGAGUUAUUGGCAUCCCUAAGUCCUUAUCAUGCAAAACUCGUUGGUGAGAGCUACCUUGCCAGAAAAAGGCCAGUUUUUGAGUGUACGGACGUGCAGAUUGAAGCUGCCAAAGGUUUCUUAGCGGUCCUAAGGUCUUACCUUGAUUCUCUUUGCUCAAACCUACGAUCUCACACAAUAACAAAUGUUCAAUCCAAUGAUGACAAGGUGUCUUUACUUCUUAAAGAGAGUUUCAUCGAGUCAUUUCCAAGCCGAGACAGACCCUUUAUGAAGUUGCUUGUGGACACCCAACUCUUCUCUGUACAUACAGAUCUUGUUCUCUCCUUCUACCAGAAGGACUAAAGAUCACCAGGAAAGAAUCUGGUGACAACAUAGAAGAUUAAGUUAUGAACAAUUUAGUAUUAAAUAAGACUUACAGGUUUGUCUAAUAAACUAGUACUAAGUUCAAUACCUUAAUUAAUUCUUGUAUAUUUUGCUUCCAAAUUAUGAAGGGUGGAACAUUAUUUUGUAUGAGAGAGUGUGAAAGAGAAGGUUUUGUGGGAGUUCUUUUGGUGUGCUGUAUUUAUUAUUAUUAUUAUUAAGAGAAAAGAAAACAGCUGUUUGCUGCUUUAAGAUUAGUGUUAGAAUGUGCUUUU